CGCACGAAAGUCAGAGGCGGACGCGCGGCUUUUGGAGAGUCAAGUCUGGUCAAGUCUGCACUCAGCAUAAACCUCCAGAGAAAUGUCAUUGUGAAAAGUUAUUUGACAUCAAUAUUGUUGCCAAAUAAUUAUCUUUGCGUAUCGUUUCAAGUCAGGGAGCUCCGAACUGGAUCAUCAGAGCUCUUGAUGUGGAGAGAUGCCACAGUUCAUUCGAUAUGUACACUUUACACCAGAAAUAAUUUCUUAAAGGGAUUGAAUUCCUUUACCAAGAGGAUUUUGACAUUUUAUUUUUUGUGUUUUGAAAUUGGUGGAUUAUUGAGACGGGGGAAUUGUAAAGCCGAGUUCCGUAAUAACUGGAGUUUUUUCAGAGGAUAUUCAAAUUCUUACAGUUAGUUACGCAGGAAUUAACGAUUUGGAAAGGAAUUUACAACACGUUUACAAGAGGAAGAAAAUUUAAUCGGAUCCCUGCUUUCACAGAUUCUUGACUCUGAAUCUAAUUAGGCUAUUAAUUCGUCAUGAUGUGGGUUUAUUUGUACCUCGUUCUGUUUCUAUUAGACGGGGUUGUGUGCUCCUGGGGCGGUUCCUAUUCGGCCCUGGCUGGGACGAGUGCCCAUGGCUUGGUGGAUUGCGUGAGGGCCAGUGACAUGUGCAACCAGAACCCCCAGUGCAGCUCCCGCUACAGGGUGAUGCGCCAGUGCCUGGUGGGCAGAGAGAGGGACACCAUGCUGGCCAACAGGGAGUGCCAGGCUGCCCUGGAGGUGCUGCUGGUCAGCCCGCUGUAUGACUGUCGCUGUAAAAGGGGCAUGAAGAAAGAGCUGCAGUGUCUGCAGAGCUACUGGAGCAUCCACAUGGGCCUGACCGAAGGUCGAGAGUUUUAUGAAACAUCCCCUUAUGAACCUGUGAUGCCUGUUCGCCACCCUGAUGCACUCCGUCUCGCUUCCAUUAUCUCAGGGAUGCACACUGUCGCCCCUAAAGCCAACACCUGCUCUGACCCCGGCAAGACUUGUAACCAGUGCCUGGAUGCAGCCAAGGCCUGCAACCUAGACAACACCUGUAAGAAACAGCGCUCCACCUACAUUGUCACUUGCAAUAAAGGGGAACCGUGUAACCGUAAGCGCUGCCACAAGGCCCUUAGGCAGUUCCUGGACCGCGUGCCCACCGACUACAGCCACCAGCUGCUGUUCUGCCCCUGCCAGGACCGGGGCUGUGCUGAACGGAGGAGGCAGACCAUCGUGCCCUUCUGCUCCUUCGAGGACAAAGUCAAACCCUACUGCCUGGAGCUAAGGAAGAACUGCCGCCAAGACCCCCUCUGCAGGUCUAGACUGGCUGAUUUCCACAUGAACUGUAUGGUGACUCAGCAUACGGUCAGCAGCUGCCCAAAUGAGGACAACUACCAGGCCUGUCUGGCCUCCUACGCCGGCCUCAUUGGGACAGAUAUGACUCCCAAUUACAUGGACAGCAGUUACACCAACUGGACUGUCUCCCCAUGGUGCACCUGUAAAGGAAGUGGGAACCAGGAAGAGGAGUGCGAGAGCUUUCUCAGGGACUUCACAGAGAACAUGUGCUUGAGAAAUGCCAUUCAAGCAUUUGGUUAUGGAACAGACAGUCUCUUCCACAAAGCUGAGUCUGUCCCAUCGACCCCCUCCAUGAAGCCUGGAUUAGAGACCUCGGUCAGCACCUCAGAGCCUCUAGAUAACCCCAAUGAUGUCCAGCCUGAGGAUGAGGCCAACGGGAAGGGAAAUGAACCAAAGUGGAAUCUCUCAAAAGGCUACAUUGGUGGAGAUGAGCCUCUACUGGAGCCCAGCAGUGGUUACGAUGACCUGACCAGACCGGAGGGCCCUCCUGAAGACGGGUCACCCUGUGUCUGUGCCAGUGUCUGGGCGCUGCUGCUCAGCCUGACCUCCGCCGUGGCCAACCAUGCCCUAUAAACCUCCCUGUGGGUUGUUGUCGACCAACAAGCUGAUCCCCAACGCAGAGGCUUGUUCGAGGAUGUUUUUUUUUUUAAGGCAUUGUCAUGCUAUUUCAAAAAGGAGAGGCAGAGAGAACACAAUCUGAGAUAAACUGAAAUAUUCUUUAUUUGAUGUAACAUUUUGGGUUUUGAGGACCACUAUGAUCAAGAAAAUGGCUUAUGGACCCUUAUCAUGGUGAAGUCUCAGUGGCCGUUGGCUGUCUUCCCAUCAGUAACACUGACAAAGACCCAAAGUAUAAUGUCAAAGAGGAGAGCAAGAAAGACAGAGUGAGAGAGUGAAAGAGAGAGAGUGUGAAAGAUGGAACUGGAGAGAGAGAGU